AUGGGUGAAACUUCUUGGGUUAAACAGAAGAUUGUGAAAUUUGGUACCAAGAACCAAGAAAAUCACACUGCUGGAGCCACUGCCAGAGCCACCUUCAUCCUCUUGGGCUUCUCAGAGUAUGCAGACCUCCAGGUGCCCCUGUUCCUGUUGUUCCUGACCAUCUACACGAUCACUGUGCUGGGGAACCUGGGCAUGAUCAUGAUCAUCAGGGUCAACCCCAAACUCCACAUCCCCAUGUACUAUUUCCUCAGCCACUUGUCCUUUGUUGACUUCUGUUAUUCCACCACGGUGACACCCAAACUGCUGGAGAACUUGGUUGUGGAAGACAGGACCAUCUCCUUCACGGGCUGCAUCAUGCAGUUCUCCUUUGCCUGCAUAUUCGUGGUGACGGAAACCUUCAUGCUGGCGGUGAUGGCCUACGACCGGUUUGUGGCUGUUUGUAACCCUCUGCUCUACACAGUGGUCAUGUCCCCGAAGCUUUGCUCCUUGCUGGUGGCUGCAUCAUACUCUUGGGGAAUAGCCUGUUCCCUGACACUUACCUACUUUCUACUGGAAUUAUCUUUCAGAGGAAAUAAUAUCAUAAAUAACUUUGUCUGUGAGCAUGGUGCCAUUGUGGCUGUGUCCUGCUCUGACCCUUACGUUAACCAGAAGAUCAUUUUAGUCUCUGCCACAUUCAAUGAAAUCAGCAGCCUGAUGAUUGUCCUUACUUCCUAUGUUUUCAUUUUUAUCACAAUCAUGAAGAUGCCUUCACGUGGGGGACGCCAUAAAGCGUUAUCCACCUGUGCCUCCCACAUGACCGCCAUUGCCAUUUUCCAUGGCACCAUCUUGUUUCUCUACUGUGUUCCUAACUCCAGAAAUUCAUGGCUUGUGGUCAAAGUAGCCUCUGUCUUCUACACGGUCGUCAUUCCCAUGCUCAAUCCCCUCAUCUACAGCCUCAGGAACAAAGAUGUAAAAGAUACAGUCAGGAAAUUAAUCAGUAACAAAUUAUUUUGUCACACAUUGUAA